AUGAAAUCGACCAAUAUAACACCAGAAUCUCCAUUUUGCGCUCCAUCAACUUCAGCUAGAACACCAUAUCCAUUUGGCGCACCAUCGACAACAACAAAAUCACCAUCAACUUCAACUACACAAUAUCCAUUUGGCGCACCAUCAAUUACAAAUCCAACUCAAACUCUAAACCCCACCCAAACUCCGUUUCCUACCCCACAACCAACAUAG